CAAAACGUAUGAAGGUUCAUGAUACAGGUUGGCCAAAUAAGGAUGAUAAGCGUUUUUGUCACUUUUGUAAUGACAGCUACUUGGACCAUGGUGUUAGAGAAGAUUUUAUGAUUGAAUCUCUUGGGGCUAUGUAUCAUCACUGCAGUUCUCCCCAUCUUCAAGCAGUAAAAAGAUUUUUAAAAGAAAACAAAAGAAAAGAGAAGUUUGAGAAAUAUGUGUAUUCCAGUGAGGAUUUAAACAGAUUUUUAGAAAAUGCCUCUGAAGAAAUAAAAAGGUACUUAAAAAAGAUGGACAUAAUAAAUGAUAUGGUAGUCAAGCAGAUUAAAGAUGUCGAGUGUUCAAGAAAAGAACUUUUAAUGGAUAAAAAGGUCUCUCUUGCUAGUACAAGUGAUGUUACUCACCGAAGUCAUGAAGGUGUAUUAUAUCAAGAUAACUUAAGGAAAGUGCCUUACAAACCACAGGGUCAAGUCAAAAUACCUCCCUGGCUUACUGAAGAAAAAUUAGAUGAAACAGUUGCUCUUACUGACAGUACUCAAGGCUCUUCUACUUCAUUAGCUUUUAAAGGAAAAUCAUUUUGUGUGACCUCACCAGUUGAGCCUUCUUUAGAUACUUUAUUAAAACACAUUCACAAGGAGCAAAAGAAAGGAUUACCAGACAAAAGAAUUAAAGCUAAUAUAAAGAAUUUAGCUGUUAAGAGUUCUAAAUGGAAACCUGUUUUUCACGGAAUAUGGAGUAAAAGUCGGCAUUCUGCUCAGAAAAAACAUAAGUUACCAUCCGUCCCAUGGCAGUAAAUUUUGUCUAAGUCUGUGAUGUCAACUGCAAAAUCUUAGAUAUUGUAGUUAGGUGGCCUGAUAGCACCCACGACUCCUACAUUUGGGGAUGUAGUGGGUUGCGAAGACUACUAUCGUCGGUAAAUGGGAGAGAUUUCCUAAUAGGAGAUUUAGGAUAUCCCCUGGAGCCAUGGCUCAUGAAGCCAUACAGCGAGAGCGAGACACAGACACGUGUGCACCAAAACUACAAUGAUAAGCUGCGCUCCAUUAGGAACACCGUAGAUUGGUGCAAUGGAAUCUUAAAGUCGAGGUUCCGUUGUCUCCAUGCGUCUGGAGGAUGUUUUCUAUACAAACCAGAAAAGGUCUGUAUUAUAAUUCUGGCUUGUGCAGUAUUGCACAAUUUGUGCUUAAAACGAAAAAACUUAUUAGCAGACCAGGAGUUCCUUGAUCACCAUUCGGCACUGGAUGAUGAAGAGGAAGAAGAUUCUGAUGACUAGGAAAGUAGCAGU